AUGAGUUCGCUUCGAGUACAAAAGCGACUCGCUUCAUCUAUCUUGGGAUGUGGUAAUAAAAAAAUCUGGCUUGAUCCUAAUGAACCUAAUGAAAUUUCCAAUGCCAAUACUCGUCAAAGUGUUCGUAAAUUAAUUAAAGAUGGUUUGAUCAUUAAAAAACCCGUAGCAGUACAUUCACGUUUUCGUACCCGUAAAAAUAACGAAGCCCGUCGAAAAGGUCGACACAUGGGUCAUGGUAAACGAAAAGGUACAGCUAACGCUCGUAUGCCAGUGAAGAUUCUUUGGAUUCGUCGUAUGCGCGUAUUACGUCGUUUAUUGAAAAAAUAUCGUGCAGCAAAAAAAAUCGAUCGACAUAUGUAUCAUGAACUUUAUUUGAAAUGCAAAGGUAAUGUUUUCAAAAACAAACGCGUAUUAAUGGAAUUUAUUCACAAGAAGAAAGCCGAAGUGCAACGUACGAAAAUGCUUUCUGAUCAAGCUGUUGCUCGUCGUGAACGUACAAAGGAAAAACGUGUUCGUCGUGAACAACGUAUUCUUCAAAAACGUACUGAUUUUUUGGGUAAACAAGAUGAUGAUGACUCAAAUGUUGCUGUUCAACAAGCUAUUGAACAACAAGUUCAAACACCGGCUGUUGCUGCAGCUCCAAAGUCGCAACAACAAGCGCCAUCAAAGACUGUUGCUAAACAAGAAAAGAAGCAAGAGAAGCAACCACAACAAAAAAAGAAAUAA